AUGAGAUCAGCUGUCUCUUUCUUCCCCCUCACAGCAGCCAAAAAGGCCCCCCAAAGCAAAGAUGCCCCCAAACAAGCUGCCAAGGAGGCCCCUAAAGAAAGUCCCCCUAAGGAGGCUUCUGCAGAGCCCCCCAAAGAAGCCCCGCCCGAGGAGCCGUCCCCCACUGCUGAGGCGCCCACGGGGGUGUUUCUGAAGAAGCCGGACACGGUGUCGGUGGAGACAGGUGAGGGGACCUGGGGGGCCCAGGAAGUCUCAGGAGGCCAGGGACCUGGGGCCCCAUGGGUCAAGACUGGUGUUAGGAGAUGGGCUCUGGGGAUGGUGAAGAGGCCGGGGGGUGCUGUCACAUGCACCCACACCCCUGGCCCUGGCCCUCAGGUAUAUACCGUGGAGCUGCACAUUGGGAAGGUGGUACUGGGGGACCGUGGGGAUUACCGACUCGAGGUCAAAACCAAGAACGCCUGCGACAGCUGUGGCUUCAACAUCGACGUGGAGGCGCCUCGUCAAGAUGCUUCAGGACAGAGUCUAGAAACCUUCAAGCGUUCGGGUGAAGGGAAGUCGGACAAUGCAGGCGAGCUGGAUUUCAGCGGCCUGUUGAAGAAGAGGGAGGUGGUUGAGGAAGAGAAGAAGAAGAAGAAGAAGAAAGAUGAUGAUGACUUAGGUAUCCCACCUGAGAUCUGGGAGCUUCUGAAAGGGGCUAAGAAGAGCGAGUAUGAGAAGAUCGCCUUCCAGUAUGGCAUCACUGAUCUCCGGGGCAUGCUGAAACGGCUUAAGAAGGCCAAGGUUGAGGUCAAGAAGAGUGCAGCCUUCACGAAGAAGCUGGAUCCAGCCUACCAAGUGGACAAGGGUAACAAGAUCAAGUUGGUGGUAGAGAUCAGUGACCCCGACCUUCCCCUCAAGUGGUUCAAGAAUGGCCAGGAAAUCAAACCAAGUAGCAAAUACGUGUUUGAGAAUGUUGGUAAGAAGCGAAUCCUCACCAUCAACAAGUGCACGCUGGCGGAUGAUGCUGCUUACGAGGUCGCCGUCAAAGACGAGAAGUGUUUCACGGAGCUCUUCGUCAGAGAACCUCCGAUCCUGAUCAUUACACCCCUUGAGGACCAGCAGGUGUUUGUGGGUGACCGUGUGGAAAUGGCGGUGGAGGUGUCAGAAGAAGGUGCUCAAGUCAUGUGGAUCCACAAGUUGGUGAUUGAUGACGUCCGUCCUGAGGAUGAGGGAGACUACACAUUUGUGCCCGACGGCUAUGCCCUGUCCCUCUCGGCCAAACUCAACUUCCUGGAAAUUAAGGUGGAGUAUGUACCCAAGCAAGAACCACCAAAGAUUCACCUGGACUGCUCGGGGAAGACCUCGGAUAAUUCGAUUGUGGUCGUGGCUGGAAAUAAGCUGAGGAUGGACGUGUCCAUCACGGGAGAGCCUCCUCCCGUCGCCACCUGGUUUAAGGAAGAUGAGGUAUUCUCAGCCACUGAGGGCAGGGUCCACAUCGAGAAAUGGACCGACACAAGCAGCUUCGUGAUCGAGAGUGCUGAGCGCGCGGACGAGGGUCGCUACACCAUCAAGGUCACCAACCCUGUUGGCGAGGACGUGGCCUCCAUCUUCUUACGAGUUGUGGAUGUCCCAGACCCCCCGGAGGCUGUGCGGGUCACCUCAGUUGGAGAGGAUUGGGCCAUCCUUGUCUGGGAGCCACCCAAGUAUGACGGUGGGCAGCCACUCACCGGGUACCUUCUGGAGCGGAAAAAGAAGGGCUCUCAGCGCUGGAUGAAACUGAACUUUGAGGUCUUUACGGAGACAACCUACGAAUCCACCAAGAUGAUUGAGGGCAUUCUCUAUGAGAUGCGAGUCUUUGCAGUCAACGCCAUAGGGGUCUCCCAGCCCAGCAUGAACACUAAGCCUUUUAUGCCCAUUGCACCCACGAGUGAGCCCCAACACCUGAUGGUGGAGGACGUGACAGACACCACCACCACGCUCAAGUGGAGGCCUCCAGACAAGAUCGGAGCAGGUGGCAUCGAUGGCUACCUGGUGGAGUACUGCCUGGAAGGAUCCGAUGAAUGGAUCCCUGCCAACACGGAGCCUGUGGAGCGAUGUGGGUUCACCGUCAAGAACCUCCCGACAGGAGCAAAAAUUCUCUUCCGGGUCGUUGGGGUCAACAUUGCAGGACGCAGUGAGCCAGCCACCCUGACCCAACCGGUCACCAUCCGGGAGAUUGUGGAGCAACCCAAGAUCCGUCUUCCCCGCCAUCUCCGCCAGACGUACCUCCGUAAAGUGGGGGAGAAGCUGAACCUCCUCAUCCCCUUCCAGGGAAAGCCACGGCCCCACGUGGUGUGGAAAAAGAAUGGGGCCCCGCUGGACACCUCCCGGGUGCACGUGCGGACCAGCGACACGGACACCGUGCUGUUUGUGCGCGAGGCGGCCCGCUCCGACUCCGGAGAGUACGAGCUGAACGUGGAGAUCGAGAACAUGAAGGACACGGCCACCAUCCACAUCCGGGUCGUGGAAAAAGCAGGGCCACCCGAGAACGUGAUGGUGAAGGAGGUAUGGGGCACCAAUGCCCUGGUGACGUGGCAGCCCCCCAGGGACGACGGGAACAGCGAGAUCACAGGCUACUUCAUUCAGAAAGCUGAUAAGAAAACCAUGGAGUGGUACAAUGUUCAUGAACACAACCGCCACACCUCCUGCACUGUAUCUGACCUCAUCGUGGGCAAUGAAUACUAUUUCCGCAUCUACAGUGAGAACUUCUGUGGACUCAGUGACUCUCCUGGUGUCUCCAAGAACACAGCUCGUAUCCUCAAGACAGGACUCACCUUCAAACCGUUUGAGUACAAAGAGCAUGACUUCCGAACAGCUCCCAAGUUCCUGACACCCCUGAUAGACCGGGUGGUCGUGGCUGGAUAUGCUGCUGCUCUCAACUGCGCCGUCAGAGGCCACCCCAAGCCCAAGGUGGUCUGGAUGAAGAACAAGAUGGAGAUCCGUGAGGACCCCAAGUUCCUGAUGACUAACCACCAGGGGGUCCUGACGCUGAAUAUCCGCCGGCCCUCCCCCUUCGACGCCGGCACUUACUCCUGCCUGGCUGUCAACGAGCUGGGGGAGGCGCUGGCCGAGUGCCGGCUGGAAGUCCGAGGUGAGCUGCCCGGCUGA